AUGGAAAACCACAACCAAAUACUUCAAAUGGACCAAAGUACCCUGUCACACUACUAUCCGUGGAAAGCCGACGAACCUCAACCAACCCGAAACCAACGGCCCGCCGAAGAAGGUCUCCAAUGGGGUUCAGAUCCCAGUUUCUGCUAUCAUGGCUACUCUAGCCCCAUAGGCACUUGGACAGAGGAGCGGCUGGUGCAGAACCUGAUGCGGAACAUGGCCAGUUUCUGUACCAGCAUGGACCUUGGCUUUGACAUCCCAAAAAUCAUAGACGAGCAACCUCAGAAACGUAUACUGGAGCCACGGGAAUUGAAUGGAUUUACAAUGCCUAUAUUCCGGUCCUCAACUGUCCCACAAAACGAAAGACUCUCCGAAACGCUAUCCUCUCCACCUUCAUCUUUGCCCUCUUUAUCCUCACCAUCUUCAUCCUCGCCAUCAUCGUCCUCACCACCUUCGUCUUCACCAUCUUCAUCCUCAUCGAUCCAAGACCAAACAGUCUUUUCAGACAACUUUGAAUGCACACAACGGCCAAGCUGCAUCAAAGCUAGGAAUAAGUCUGGACAAACGAAAAGGAAAUGUGUGCAAAGGGCAGGACAAAAAUUGUGCCACUGCCGAUCGGAAAAGAAGAGAAGACAGCUUGUCGGAGACCGGUAUAAAGAACUGUGUCGCAUUGUGCCCGGGCUUGAUAAACAAUCAUACACAAGGAAAUAUGUUCUCGAGGGGGCUGCACUGUGGAUUGAAAGAUUGGUCGAGGGCAAUGAUACCUUACAUCAACAAUUAGAGCAGUUGAAGGAACAGGAAAGGUUGAAUCAGUCACAUUUAUCUCCUGUUGAGGAAGAAAAAGUGAACUGCUAG